CUCUCGUCUUAAACCAUGUCGAAGACUAUUUCAGGUAAAGGACUUUAGCGUCAAGGAAAUCUAUUGGUUCUCAAAGACUACUUAACGAAAAAAUGUGUUUUUUCUUUACUUUCACAGGCUUUAAUGCUAUUGCUAUUAUAUUAUUGAUAUUAUAUUAUGUCACGUUGUCACGUGGACGAAGAAAUAAGACACUAACUGAUAAUUCCCGAGAAAGCAAAGUGUUCUCUUUCUUCCAGCUCGUCCAAUUUGUGAACGGACCCUGCAAUACCACUGCAGGGAGACAAGGAGCAUGUUUUACACCCGACGAAUGUUUAAGCCGAGGCGGAAUGGGCGCUGGGACUUGCGCAGCUGGAUUCGGAGUUUGUUGCACUUUUUCCUUGGCCUGUGGCGCCACCUCCACUGAAGAAUGUUCGUUUUUGAUGAUGAAUGGAAUGGCACCCGGAAUGUCACCCAUUCCUAGUCCUUGUGUGUAUACCAUCUGCAGAUCUGCUCCAGAUAUUUGCCGAAUUCGAUUCGAUUUUCUUAUGUUUACAUUAGCUGGUCCGGCUGUUGGAACCACUGUGAGAAGAAACGGCCCUGACAUAUUGGAUGGCACCAUGGGUGGAACCAUUGGCGAUUGCCUAAUGGAUAGUAUGACAAUCACCUCACCAGGGGGCGUGUCAUCACCUACAAUUUGUGGAUCCAACACUGGUCAACACAUGGUUAUGGACGCGAGUGAUGCCUGCAACCAAGUCAUUUUUACCACAAGAGGCAUGGAAACAAGAAAUUGGGAUAUCAAAGUUACGCAAUUUGCUUGUGCAAAUGACAUGGGAGGUCCUCCUGGGUGCCUUCAAUAUUUUAAUGGCAUGAUGGGAACUGUUAGCAGUUUCAAUUUUCCGAGCGGUGGAGCUGUGGUGCCAGGUGGCAUGGCAGUCCCUGCCUCAGCCACUCAUCUUUCGAACCAAUGUUAUUCCAUUUGCUUUCGCCAGGAACCAGGUCAGUGCGCAAUUUGUUUUGCGCCCGUUGUGGCUGGAGGAGAAUCCAAAAUGGCAGAGAAUAUGGUACAAGGAUCAUUUGGCCUUAGCAAUCCGGUCAAGUCUCGACCUCGAGCAGAGGACAACAAAGAUUGCUUGAGUGACUAUCUCAGGAUCCCAGGAGCCCAACCCAAGAAUGACGUGAAUGCCUUUGUGGUCGGGAGUGUUGGUGAAGGCGUUCCGACGUUCUCUAAAAUUUGCGGUCGAUACUUUGCUGUUUCAAACAACGGAAACAAACGUUUCGAGAACAACCAAUCCAUUUGCACUCAGAGAACGCCGUUCCGAAUUGACUUCAAAACGGAUGCCGACGAAAUGGUCACCGGGACUAUGACAAAUAUGGCUAUGAAUAAUGAGCAAGCUGGGUUUCCCGGUGGCAUUGUUGGGUUCAACUUGAAUUGGGCUCUUGUCUCUUGUUAAAAUGUUGUUUCUAUAGUUUAAACUCCAUGGAUGAGUAAAUAUCAACUAACAACUUUAGUACAGUUCGCAAUAAAUUCGUGUUGGCAGAAAAUCGAAUCUUCUUGG